CAAAACAUUUGUACGUGUAGUGUACGUCGUUUACAAACACUGAAAAUUGCCCAGAAAAAUAUUGUGUUACUAUCGAUACUGUCAAUGCUUCCUUCUAACAUUUGGAUGCAACAAUCGAUGGCCAGCCGCCUUUUCCUUUAAAUUCAGAAGAAUUCAUUUUUAAGUACUUGAGAAAUUCAGCUUGAAAUCGGGCAUUUGUGGCAGCCUUAACUUCGAAUUGGUUCCAGCAUAAUAACAAAUCUCAACGCAGAAGCUGUUUGGACGGUAAGCGUUUGAUUACCAGCUAAAAGUGGCAUCAAACACCAACAACCCGUAACUGGAACUGCUGACGAAAACGCAGUUUUCCAUCCUUUGUGAGAGCGAGGAAGCUGUCGUCCCUUUCAUUAAGCACAACGAACUGCACCCAUCGACGGUUAAGCUGAAUAUCAUCGAGAUAACCUACAUUAUAGCGAGACUGGCCCAUCAACAGAUACACGUAAAGAUACGUUUUCCACAGAACAGAACACAACGCAAGAAGCGAAAUGAGUGAGCACGCUUGCAGUAGCACUGAGGCAGAUUCUGCUGCCGAGGAAAAAAGAAAAGCAGAUGGGAAGAAAGCCUCUGGCACCGAUGACGCAUGCAUUGCAAAGCAAGAUAAAGUACGAACGUCUCGGAAAUCAGCUCUCGAUGUAAACGAGGAUUGUUGGAGAGUCGUGUUUGAUUAUCUAGACGUGGGAGACCAGUUAAGUCUUGCUUCUUCGAACCUGUGGAUUGGAGAGAUAUUCAAAAGCUACGCAAACCAUCGGUACAAAAAGAUUGAUGAAUCGCUCACGAGACGGAUUAGCGAUAAAGAUCGGAAACAACUGUUGCAGAUCGUUGGCGAACAUAUGGUUAGCUUUGAGGGCUAUGGAGAUCAGGAACUGUGGCUUUUGCGGAGCCACUGCUCGAAUCUCCAAAAUCUGAAAAUAACCAUUGAACAGGACGAAGGCGGAUGGGACGAUUUAAGCAGCUUGAAAAAGGUCAAAUCUUUGCAUGCUGUUUUGCUGGACUCUAGAGACGACGAAGGAGAUUUUUGGUGUACGGAUUUUGUAUACAAUCUCGAGCAAUUACCGUGUCUAAAAAAACUGAAGUUGGAGGCUUACUCAUAUAGCGGAAGAGGAUUAUAUGUACUUGAUCAACUGGAAUCUCUGGAGCUGCGUAUCUUGGGAAAAGAUGGUUUCAAUACCAGGUUUUUGGAGAAAAGCUGCCAAACGAUGAAGCAACUGCGGAAUCUUCGCAUAGAAAGUAGAGGUGACAUCAGCAAGCGCAAUUUUGAAAUUCUGGCUACGAACUGUCAGCAACUGGAACGGCUGAACCUUGGCAUGGAGCUCUACCGCUAUACGCUGCCCUAUCAGCUGAUCUGUCAGUUACCCAGGCUGCAACAUUUGCAAGUGUCGUACAACUGUAUUUUAAGCGACAUGUUAUUUGAUGCGUUGAUCAACAAAAAGGGUGCUCCCCUGGAAAGCCUUAUCCUGGACAUGAUAACAUUGUCCGCGGAUCAGGUUAGGAGUCUUUGCAAUAUUUCUACACUCAAGGAACUCGAUGUAUACUGCGAUACCGUCCCCUUGGAAGACUUGAUGAAGCUGAAGAACCUUCUAUACCUCCACAUAUCCAUGCCAAUUACGGAUAACCAGCUUCUGGACCUCCUGAAGGGGCUUCCGAACCUAAAAGUUAUCCAUUUACUAGAGUGCCGUAUGAUAGACAAUUCAUUUGUGAAUAGUGUUCGUGCCUGGAUGAGCGAACAGAGGGAGCAGCGCGGGAAGAUUCAAAUCUAUCUUGGUCAAUCGGAUAAACCGGAUGUUUUGUAUGCUGAUCCGUUGAUUGAAAUCAAUAAGGGUUCUCUAGAGGGAGCUAUAUUAAUAAACAAAGAACUUGGUGAGCAAAUUCAGGACUAGAAACUCAACCGAUUUGUAUAUAACAAUUAAUGGAUAGAAAUUCGAAAACGAGCAAAAUUAAAGUAGAAAUUUGUUAUUUUAAUUAAUAGUUAAUUAAUAAACUGUAUUUAAUUUAA